GCACGAGGAGAUACAAGAUGAAAACCUCUCAGCUGGAGUUUCACAUGAAAGGUAUGGCCUUUCUGUUACUUCUGGGGAUGCAAACUCACUUGAAAACACUGAAGAGGACUCUGUGAUGGUGAAGAUCAAUAGAUGUGGAGCUCGUGCAGAGAGGGAGUUGUUACUCUCUGUUCAACAAGAUCAGAAUGACACCAUAUUGGCUAAAGUUGCGGAUGAAGAUAUUCAACUCUGUGGAGGAACAGCGGACUGCUUGAGUGAGAGGAAGAGACCGCCUACAGCUAAACGCCAACAUCCUUUGAAAAACAGUCUGCAGAAAGAGUCUCUUUCAGACAUGAGUGAUACCAUUCACUGUAGACCUCCAAAGGAGAGAACAGAGAAUAAUACAAAAGAGGAAACGCUAACAUGUGAGGUGAAGCCAAUUUUGAAUGACUAUUUUUCAAAUAAACCAAAGGUCAGUGAUACUGAUGAUCAAAGGGAGUCAGUGAGGUCUUAUCUACAAACAGACACAACAGAAACGUCCACAAAUCAAAAGACUGACUCGAAUUCAGCAUCAAAUCCGACCUCACCCACUGAACCCAGUUCUAUUUUGGAGAAGCUACUGAAGAGAAACAGGAAGGACACAACACCAGCUCUUUCAGCGAUUAAAGAUGUUGACACAAAUGACAAGGACAUCGCUGAUGUUUCUGUUGGGGUGAAUGCAAAGAUGAUCCUUGACAGUGUAGCAACAGAGCUAUUCACUGAUAAAUUUGAGCAGUCAGAUGUAAAUACACCUUUGUCAGUAUGUGAAACGGAGGGGUUGAAAGAUAAACCACCUAAAGAACACCUUCAAACCAAAGAUCAUCACAUUAAGGACCUGGACGUGAAACAGACAAACACUGCUGACAGUAUGGCCCCAGAUGUACUUUGUUUUCAGCACGGAGUGAUUGGGAAUACUGUGUGUGAGAGCUCACUCACAAAGUCACAUUAUUCCAAAGCUGCUGAUUGUAAGGGCUCAGAGAUGAACAUCAGCUCCACAGAUGCUUCAGUCAAGGAGAGUAUGGGUAUAAAGCCAGAUAGACUCCCCUCUAAAAACCUGCCCUCAGACAACUUACAAUCAGCUGUUUCACAUGAUACAAUGUUAUGUGACCUUAAUGUAGUGAUUGCUGAGGGAUCUGCACAUUACUCAGUGCCUGAUGCAAAGUCUCCACCCACAAAACAUGGGGUGGUGGACCAUUUGCUUACUGUUGAGAAGACAGACAUCAGUGCUGUAGGGCCAUUAAUAAAGAGUGACAGUGAGAGCAAAGCUGAGACGCAGUUAUCUGGCUCUGCAUGCUCAGAUGCUCAGUCUGUGAGGAGGAAGAAGGUGAAGGACUCAACUGAGGGCACUGCUUCACCAGCUGCGGAUGCUGGAUCAGUUUUGGUUGUAGCCGGCACAGCUAUCUCAGAGGAAAGCCACCAGGUCACAGAAGGCAUGAAGCAGGAUCUUCAUAUGGCACUUAACACAGAGACGCCAGACCAGUCGGAUAAAAAACUUGCCAAAGAGAGAGAUGACAGUGUCCCAGUAAGAGAUAAAUCCCAAAGCGCUCCCAAACCUAGACCUGUCUCAGAACUCAUAAAGGAGACCAUUCAACUGCAUGAAAAGCUGCAGCACCAGGAUUGGCCUAAGCCAGCUGAGGUCAGGUCUGAUGAGCAGGGCCAGUCUGUGAAGGUGGCACAGAUGAAGGCAGCUUUCGACUCAGCUCAGAAAUCCCCAGACAAGGCACUUGAGAGGAAGCCAUCAGUGAGAAAAGAUAUGAGACGAGUUGUACGGCAGAGCAAAUUCCGUCACGUCUUUGGCCAGGCGGUGAAGAAUGACCAAUGCUACGAUGAUAUCCGGGUGUCAAGGGUCACAUGGGACAGCUCCUUCUGUGCUGUCAACCCUAAAUUUGUUGCCAUAAUUAUUGAGGCCAGUGGUGGUGGAGCUUUCCUCGUUCUCCCUCUUAACAAGACAGGACGCAUUGACAAAUCCUACCCCACAGUGUGUGGUCACACAGGCCCAGUGUUGGACAUUGACUGGUGCCCCCACAAUGAUCAGGUCAUUGCCAGCGGCUCUGAGGAUUGCACAGUGAUGGUGUGGCAGAUUCCUGAGAAUGGACUUGUCACUCCCAUGUCUGAGCCAGUAGUGGUACUGGAAGGCCACUCCAAGCGCGUUGGCAUCAUCACGUGGCACCCAACGGCACGCAAUGUCCUUCUUAGUGCAGGUGGUGACAACCAGAUCAUCAUCUGGAAUGUGGGCACAGGAGAGGCUAUGAUCAACCUGGAGGAAAUGCACCCAGAUGUCAUCUACAACGUGUGCUGGAACCGAAAUGGUAGCCUUAUCUGCACCUCCUGCAAGGACAAGUCCAUCCGUGUCAUUGACCCCCGCAAGGAGACGAUUAUUGCUGAGAAGGAGAAGGCACAUGAGGGUGCUCGACCCAUGAGGGCCAUUUUCCUUUCUGAUGGCAACAUCCUCACCACAGGCUUCAGUCGCAUGAGUGAGCGACAGCUGGCCCUCUGGAACGCGCAAAACAUGGAGGAGCCCAUGACUGUUAAUGAGAUGGACACCAGCAACGGAGUGCUCUUGCCCUUCUAUGACCCAGACACCAAUGUUGUUUACCUCUGUGGAAAGGGUGACAGCAGCAUCCGUUACUUUGAAAUCACAGAUGAGGCUCCGUAUGUUCACUUCCUCAGCACCUUUGCCACCAAGGAGCCACAGAGGGGCAUGGGCUACAUGCCCAAGAGGGGCCUUGAUGUCAAUAAGUGCGAAAUCGCAAGGUUCUUUAAACUGCAUGAAAGGAAGUGUGAGCCUAUCGUGAUGACUGUACCUAGAAAGUCCGACCUGUUCCAGGAUGACUUGUACCCAGACACAUCUGGACCCGACCCUACCCUGGAGGCUGAGGAGUGGUUUGAGGGCAAGAAUGGAGACCCCAUCCUCAUCUCCCUCAAGAACGGCUACGUCCCGGGCAAGAACCGCGAAUUCAAGGUGGUCAAAAAGAACAUUUUUGACAACAAGGGCCCCAAGAAGUCCGAGCACUCAAGCCAUGCCAACAAGUCUGCCUCCCCUACUCCAUCGAUUAAAUCCGAAGCCAAGCUGGAGGAGAUCUUGAAAGAAAUCAAAUCCCUCAAGGACCUGAUCAGCAGUCAGGAGAAGCGAAUCAUCAAACUUGAAGAGCAAAUGUCCAAAAUUGCCAUUUAGGGACCCUUUACCCGACCCGCUACAAUUCAGGACGUUCCAUUGGCUGGGGGUUGGGCGCGACCCGUCACUGCCUAUUUCAGUGACGGUGUUUCGUCUGAGGCCUGCCUAGCAACGACCCCUAGCAACAUUCCAGAUGAACUUUUUCUUAGCCAGCCCCUGACCCUCACUUUAACACAGGUGGAAUAAGGACGUGUGGCAAAUUUAGCAGAAAAUACUCUAACUGCUUUUUGGUGACAAAGGACUCUAUUCCUUUUAUUGUGUGGCAGUCAUUUUUUAUUUUGUCUACGUGCAUCAAAAAAAUGUCUUACAUAUUCCUUUGCAUUUUAGAAGAUGACCAAGAAAAUCUGCAUCAAAAGUCUCCAUUUAUAUUGCAUAACCAAAUUUUUUUUUUAAAGUAGCUAUCAUUGUUUCAUGUUAUCACACCCCAAAAUUAUAAUGUUGCCAAAUUUGAAAUUUUGUUUACUCCUCCUUAACAGUAUUUCUUUCUCUCUUUCUUUGUGGGAAGAUUCAAAAUGCAAACGGGGAAACUCAGUAGACUGGUUAUGUAAAGACGAAUUUACCAUGAAGUUAAAGUCAUUUAAAUAAAUUGGAUAGUUAUGUGAGGAAGAUUGACAUCUCAAACUCUGUAAUUAGGAGGAAAUAAAUUCAGAUUGAAGACACAUAAGCUGCCACAGUCUACACCAAGCACACAGGCAUUACAUAAAUGACAAGUCUUGUUGUUUGUGUUGAAGCUGCCUGCUUUCUGCCAUUUCUUCUCAUUCCUGCUGCUUCCUGUCACUCUGGCCAGGACAAUAGUCCGUGUAAACAUGCAUUCCUUUCUAUCUUGCUUCGUUAACAUGCACUGCAUGCUUAUUGGAGAAAAUGACAAACUCAUUCCACAAAUCUCAUUGCCAGUUAUUGAUGUGGGGAAAAAUAAUUCUAUAAUGUUCCUCUUUCUGUAAACACUCUACUGUAGUGACUCAGUUACGCUGGUUGGUUGUUAUUGUGACAUUUAUGCGCUGCCCAUGAAAAGACCAAGUUUGUGGAUUUUCAACCUCAACUCUGCAUCGUUUUUUGUUUUUUUAUGAGAGGUUCAGUCACCAACGUCACUGUUGGGUAUCCACGGGUUUUGCUCAACAACACUCAAGUGUAGUGGGAUUAUUUUUUGUCCCUGUUCCUUUGCGUUGUAUGCCAUCUCACAUCUGUAUUUUCUCUACAAACAAAAUGGGAAUAGAUAUGAAAAGACACCAAGUAAUCACACUUCGACUUGACUCUUUAAAAACCAUCUGGUGAUAAAACUGGAGAUUGCUAUAGAAACUGUUCAUGGUAGACCUUAAAGGCCUAGAUUGUGUGUGUGAAUAUGUGCCUCAUGUCUUUGGUCUUUUGGGUACAUGUCACUAUGGAUGUUCCUGCUUUGUUUCUUAUUGGGGGUGGAGGGUUAUGAAAUGGACUCAACGUAGAAUGUCCAUGACUUGCCUCUAACUAAAUAGUUGGGUUAUUACUUCACUCUUAAUUUUAGCCUGUUUCUUGUUCCAGCUGUGCUUAUAUCCCUCUUAGCACUUCCAUGUCUUGGUUUUUUUAAUGGUUAUUUCCCAGAUGCCCCGAUUCAGUAUAGUUAUUACAAAAUCAAGGAACCAUUGAGUUGUCCAAUCUGAGUCGUUUUGCUCAGACAGCUAUCAUAAAAGCUCUUCCUGAUGUUUUAGAUUAGUUUCCCAGUGGGAAGCUAAGACGGGUAAUGGUUCAAUCUGUUUGCCUUUUUAAAUAUGUGUUACCACUGUAAAGACCUGAAAGUGCCAUAGCGGUGACCAUGGAAGUGUUUGUAGGGGACUAUUGCGAGUAGAUGUGUGUAGUAAAUAGAAGAGUUGAUAGGUGCCCGGAUUUACAACCACUUUAAGGUGCUAUACACUACGUUCAAAGGACCCUGUUCCUGCAUGUCAGCCCCCUUGAUGACAUCAUGACGUCCUGCCAAUCCAUCCCACAACUACACCAGGCAGCAUUACUGCUUGGGGGUUUGUUAGAAGUACAUUUUGACACUUUCCACCUCGGUACGGGUAUUCAAAACAUCUUCAAAAAUGAUGUCAAACUGAGCAGCUGUCGGCUGAACACGCAGCCUUUUGAGUCAUUGUGGCUUCAGGAUGCAUUUUGAGCAGUGAGUCGUAGAAUAUCAGUGAAAAUCUACAGAGUGCUACAGAAGAAAUUAUACUGCCCUAUCUUGUAUAUCAGACUGCCACUCUAUGGAUUCUUUACAGCACUGUUGGCACGAGAGCGAAGUUGUGAGGAGUAGUAGUGAAUAGCGAUCCAAAGGGACACUGUAGGUUGGAGAAAUGUGCAGUUGAAAGAUAGAUGUAUGUUUGUAAUUAAGGUCUAGGAAAAUGAGUGAAAGCUGUGUAAAUAACAUGACCAUAUUUUUUUUUUUUUAUGUCAUUUUUUGUUUUGUGGUUGUGCUGAAGAGGGUAUUUGUACGGGAGGUGGGUUUUAAAUGUUUCCCGUUGUCUGUGGUCCCUGCACCUUGCCAUAAUGCAUCAUGAGAAAAGCAGAACCUCUGUUAUGUUCAAGGUCGUAUGAAUAUCAAGAAAGAAAAUCGGAUGGAAAAACGAACCAGGAUAAAACCUCAUGUGGAGGUCUGCUCAGCAUUUUUGUUCAUUAUUCUUGCUUCAAGUAUCAAACAUUGAUUAAAAAAUUAAUAAAGAAUUUUUAAAAUGGG